UUCUUACAAAUCCGGAUACUAACGAAAUCACAGAUAUUAUUUGGGUUCAUCCUACGAGUCUAGAGCUAUCUGUCAACUUUUCGUCUGUACUGAUCAUUGACGCCACGUACAAGACCAAUGAGUAUCGAAAACCACUAUUGGAGGUUGUGGGUAUCACAUCCACAUGGCGAACUUACUCGCUUAUGUUCGCUUAUCUUAGUAAUGAGAGAGAAGAGACAUUGACAUGGGCAUUGGAUAACUUAAAAAACUGGAUGCUUCAAAAGGGGGCGUCGAUGCCAUUGGUGUUUGUUUCAGAUCGGGAUUUAGCGCUUAUGAACGCCAUUGAAGCAUGUUUCCCUACGGCACGUCACAUCUUGUCUAUUUGGCACAUAAAUCAGUGCGUCAUGAAGAACUGCAACCGUGUGCUCGGUCCGGAAUGGAAGCGCUUCAUCACGUCAUGGCACUCGCUUAUCAAUUCAUCUACACCUUCGUCUUUCAAACAUAAGUGGCAAGCCAUGUGCGACGAUUUUCGCCAGUUCCCGUAUGUCAUAACUUACCUGUGGCAAACAUGGUUAAGGUCGUACAAAGAGCGGUUUGUUUCAGCAUGGACAGAUACAUGUAUGCACCUUGGAAGCAAUUCAAGUCAAAGGGUAGAGUCUGCACAUGCGAGGCUAAAGCUAUAUUUGGGGGAUACCAUGUCAUCGCUACAAACAUCUUUUGAUAAAAUAGAAAAGAUGUUGAAAAAUCAGUUCGGGGAAAUUAAGAAGUCGUUCGAGAAAUCAUUGAACAUUCCACGCCACAAACAAUUGCGUGACGACAUUUUUGAUCAGGUAAGGUGUCGCAUUUCAUUAGAGGCAAUGGAGUUCAUACAUGAUCAGCUAGAAACCGCUUUAGAAGUAUCCCCCCACAUUGUUGGCUAUUGCAACUGUACGAUCAAAAUCACACACGGAUUGCCAUGCAUGCACGAUCUUGCAUAUUAUCGUUCCAUUUCCACUCCAAUUCCACUAUGGAGUAUCCACGCUCAUUGGAUUAGGUUGUCUAUGCACGCAACCGAGUUUAAUGAGGAGGGAGCACGACCUGACAGGACAUCUCAGGUCGUUGAGAUAUUAGAUGGGAUGGAUCCACCUAUGCGAGAGCAUAUCAUAGACAGGAUUAUCAAUAUGGCAGAUCCAUCUUGUAGCACAGUUCGACCUCCAUCGUACAACACAGAACAUAGAGGUCGACCUACAGGUAGAGAUGAGCAAAGUACACGUCGCAUACCUUCUUUCUCAGAAGCAUCCACUUCAGGAUCAAGGACUGCAACAUCGCGAGUGAGAGGGAGAGGGAGACGUGGGAGGGGUUCGGGGGUUCGCAACACUCAAUUUAUAGUUCCAUCCAUCACUGAUCGCUACAUUCAACGAUUACCUCAGGCUUAUCAGCGUUAUAUUUCCCACACUGUUGACGUGCUUGGUGAUGGUCAUUGUGGAUUCAGAGCGAUAGCUGCACUAAUCGGGUAUAGUGAAAAUGAUUGGAGUCGAGUACGAGAUGAGCUUAUUGAAGAGAUUCGACAAAAUUAUUAUCUAUACAGUGUGAUUUAUCCAGUACAUGAUUGGGUAAAUCGUCUACUAAUUUUACUGAAUUGGUUCGAGCCUACAGCACCAAAGGAUCAUUGGAUGGAGGCUAUGACUUUGGGAGUUGUCAUCGCAACAAGGUACAACCUUGUACUGCAUACAUUUGAUGAGGAUGUUUACGGUUGUUUUACUCAUUUGCCAUUGAGGUCCCUUCCAGUUCCAGUCGAAUACCGCCGGGAAAUUGCUAUUGCCCGUGUUAACAACAAUCACUUCGUGUAAAUUUUCUUAAAACCUCAUUACCCUGUACCACCCAUCCCAACAUGGUGGGAGGAGAAUUCAUCGGAUGAAGCUAAAGGAUGGGCUGCCAAUUAUGGAACACGUUUGCUAUUGUGGUACGAAGUAAUGGGUAUACGUACGCCGGGAGCAGCAU